AUGAGGCGCCCGCUCAGCCCCGCGCUCCUCGCGCUGCUGCUGCUGCUCUGCGGCUGCGCCGCGCUGGCGGCCGCCCAGAAGCCCGCGUAUGGCGCCGUCCUGCGCGGCAAGAAUCAGAACCCGCCUGUGACCACCAAGGCGACGGGCUUCUUCAAGCUCAAGUUCUCAUCAGCCAAGAAACCCCCGAGGACGGCCACCUGGACGCUCUCCCUCGCCCGCUUCACCGGCCUCACCCUCACGAUGGGCCACAUCCACGUCGGCGCGGCCGGCGUCAACGGCCCAGUCGUCUUCACGCUCUUCACGGGGGGCGUCGGCGGGUUUGGCAGCAAGGUGUCCUCGGUGCUGCUGACAGAGACGCUCCCCUUCAGCAACAGCACCAUCAGCGAUGUCGCGACGCUGCUGGCCAACAAGACGGCCCUGUAUGUCAACAUCCACACCGUCGAGAACCCCACCGGCAUCAUCCGUGGGCAGCUCAAGUAA